AUGCCUUCUCGUACUGUCGAUAUCACCUUUAGGAAGUCUGAAAAUCAGCACGGAAGAUGGCUUGCUUGGGCUAUAAACCCAACAUCUACAGGGAUGAUCGGCUCCCAGGCUUUUGUUGCAUUACAACGUUCUGAUGGGACUCUCGAAGCAUACACGUCACCUAUCGACACCUAUGGAACCACCCUUGUGAAAGCCCAGUAUAUCAAUGGACAAGUCAUCAUCUUUGCGAGGUUUGAGCUACCUAUGAAUGGAAGCAAUGUUGUGAAUCAUGUUUGGCAAGAAGGAGCACUACAAGAUGAUGAUACACCAGGAAGUCAUGGCAUGUCAGGAGAUAACUUGAGAUCUUUUGGGACUUUGAAUUUCCAUUCUGGGAAAACUGUGGCUUUGAGUAGUCAUAAUGUAAAACUAAAUUCAAGGUCUAAGAUAAAGAUAGCACAUGGUGUUAUCAAUGUGGCUAGUUGGGGAAUGAUGAUGCCACUUGGUGUUGUUCUUGCUAGAUUGAGAUAUCUGCCAUUACAAGAGUAUCCAGCUUUGUGGUUCAAUCUACAUAUUAAUUGUCAAAGUAUAGCUUAUUUUCUUGGUAUUGCUGGUGGAGGUUUGGGAUUUUAUCUUGGGAGACAAUCUUCUUCAGUUAAACAACACUCUUGUCAUAGGUACAUUGGUGCUGCACUCUUAGUGCUUGCAACAUUACAAGUGUUAGCUCAUCGUCUACGGCCAUCAAAGGAACACAAAUACAGGUUGUAUUGGAAUAUUUAUCACUGGUGCACUGGUUAUGGUACUAUUAUAAUGGGAAUUCUCAAUUGUUUCAAAGGUUUCCAGAUGAUGGAUGUCGGGAUUUGGAAGAAUGCUUACAUUGCUUUUCUUGCUUCGUUGGCCUUUGUUGCUGUUGUUCUUGAAGUUUGCAGAUGCUACCUCAACGCUAACAAAGGAACAGCUACACCAGAAGGAGUUUCUGCAAACAGUAUAGAAGACAAGGCAUAG